AGACACCUUUUCUUUUUGCCUGGGGCUAAGCUUCAUAGGAUUAGGAACUUUCUCAUGAAUUUUUACUGCAGGUGGGAAAGCAAGGGUAAUGUUCUCUGUGUGGACGCGAGGGCGGGCCCAGUGUGGCUGUCUGCAUUGUUAAAUCCUGUGGAAUGAAGUGUGACAACAUGACAUCAUCAGCGUCUGUUUGCUGGAUACACAUUAUGCUGCAGGAACUGGAGAAAAAGAUUUUAGGUUUGAGAAAGUUCUGGAAAACAGCUUGCCAGAAAGGAGGCCGCCAGACAGUCUUCCCUGACACUCUCUGGAUCUGUUGGCCCUGAACCCAUUUCUAUCACUCCUGGAUUGGCAAAGUCCUAAGAGCCAGGUGUAGAGAAAUACAUGUGUCAUCAACUAUUUAGCCUGAGUGACCAUUAUCCAAGUUAAUCACAGUCUUCAUGGUAACUAUACCAGUAGAAUUAAGCAUUGUUAACAUUGGUACAGCGUUUUACAGUUUACAGGGUACUUUAAAAUAUAUAUAUAUAUAUUAAUUAAAAAUUUUUUAAGGUAGACUCUACACUCAACAUAGGAAUCGUACUCCCGACCACAUGAUCUAGAGACACAUGCUCUUAUGACUGCACUAGCCAGACGCCCCACAGGGCACUUUCUACAGAAUAUCUUGUUCUAAAGAUUCCAGAAUAUCUGACCAAAUCCAAACUUACCUUUUGGACAGAUCUCUAUUUUUUUUAGCCUCCUCCUGCCCCUCCACAUGGUGGGAUUGACUGGUGCUCACAGAACUGUCAUUGCUCACAUCCAAGAAAGCUUCCAUGCCACCUUCUUUGUCAAUGUCAUGAAUUGUCUAGCACAAUUUAAGGCACAAUGAAUGAGAUGCUCAACAAAUGUUCAGGGAUUAAAGCAAGUGGACCUAAGAAUGAUCAUUGAUAGCUCAUGUAUCCUCAGGUAGGAAGUGGGGUUAGUGAUCUCCACCCCUCUGGGUUGUGGAAGGUGAGUGUCAGACACCGGGCAUGGACCAGGUGCUCAGCCAGUGACAUGGCCUGAAGGGAAGAACGGUCAGAAACAACAUGUAAGUGUUUAUGUCUGGAGAAGCCAAGUCACUGGGCAGUUAGUUUCUAGAUUCUCAGCUCAUCACUGCCCUUCUCACUACCUAAAAAUAUGCUGUGCUUAGACAGGUCACCAGCUUUUUGCCCUUUAAUUCUAAGCAGUGAUGGCUUUGAGAAAAGAUUUGAAAGGGCAAAGCUUCCUUCUACCCCUUGCUUAGACCCCCUCUCUUCCAGGAGUCUCCAUGGCCUUCCUAAGAACUGCUAGUUUUCUCUAAGUUUUGGAAUCCUCCUUCCAUCUCAAUGAGAGAUGUAAUUUCCCCUUUAAAAAGGGAUUGGGUAAAGAGCUACAGGAAAGGGGGUGUUACCUGGAUGUCACUCACUUGUGCAGGAUGCACGAUUGCUCUUUAAGAAAUUCUGUUCACAGAACUGAGCCAAAAGGGGAGGAGAAGACCUGGGGGCUGGGCUUCUUGAUCUGGUUAGUCCAGAAGCCCCUCCAGGGGCCAACAGGGAUCUAACUGCUGUGUGAGCAAAAGAACCUGAAACUGGAAAGCUUUCCAAGGAAUAUACAGAGGGAAGCCAAGCUGUGUGGGGAACUGGGACCAUUUAGAAGAUGGCAACCAAGCAGACAGAGUCGGUCACCAUCAUUAGCCUCCGGAAGCUGAGCCUAGAGACCCGAGAGCCACCACCAAAAGAGUCAAAGACAUUCACUGUGGAAGAUGCUGUGGAGACCAUUGGAUUUGGACGUUUCCACAUUGCCCUGUUUCUGAUCAUGGGCAGCACUGGGGUUGUUGAGGCCAUGGAGAUCAUGUUAAUAGCAGUCGUGUCUCCUGUCAUCCGCUGUGAAUGGCAGUUGGAGAAUUGGCAGGUGGCAUUAGUGACCACGAUGGUGUUUUUUGGCUACAUGGUAUUCAGCAUCCUCUUUGGCCUCCUGGCUGACAGAUACGGACGCUGGAAGAUUUUGCUCAUCUCAUUCCUGUGGGGAGCCUACUUCUCCUUGCUGACCUCUUUCUCUCCCUCCUACAUCUGGUUUGUCUUCCUGAGGACAAUGGUGGGCUGUGGUGUGUCUGGCCAUGCACAAGGGCUAAUCAUAAAGACUGAAUUUUUGCCUACAAAAUACCGAGGCUACAUGCUCCCCUUGUCUCAGGUUUUCUGGUUGGCUGGCUCCCUGCUUAUAAUCGGCCUGGCCUCUGUGGUCAUCCCCACCAUUGGGUGGCGAUGGCUCAUCCGCAUCGCCUCCAUUCCCGGCAUCAUCCUCAUCUUGGCCUUCAAGUUUAUCCCUGAGUCUGCUCGCUUCAACGUCUCCACUGGGAACACUCAGGCUGCCCUGGCCACACUGCAGCGCAUUGCCAAGAUGAACCGCUCGGUCAUGCCGGAGGGGACGCUGGUGGAGCCCAUCCUGGAAAAAAGAGGAAGAUUUGCAGACCUGUUGGAUGCUAAAUAUUUACGGACCACGUUACAGAUCUGGGUCAUAUGGCUGGGAAUCUCCUUCGCCUACUACGGGGUCAUACUGGCCAGCGCCGAGCUGCUGGAGCGGGACCUGGUGUGUGGCUCGCGGUCCGAGGCCGAGGUGGUGGUGACCGUGAUGGACACGGAGGAGAGCCAGAGCCCCUGCCACUGCCACAUGUUUGCUCCCUCCGACUACAGGACCAUGAUCAUCAGCACCAUUGGCGAAAUUGCUCUGAAUCCUGUCAAUAUCCUGGGCAUUAAUUUCCUGGGAAGACGGCUGAGCCUUUCUAUCACCAUGGGCUGCACAGCUUUGUUCUUCCUUCUCCUCAACAUUUGCACAUCGAGCGCUGGCCUGAUUGGCUUCCUCUUCAUGCUGAGGGCUUUGGUGGCGGCCAACUUCAAUACCAUCUACAUUUAUACUGCUGAGGUCUACCCCACGAUGAUGCGUGCUUUGGGGAUGGGGACCAGUGGCUCCCUGUGUCGGAUUGGCGCGAUGGUGGCACCAUUCAUAUCCCAGGUUCUUAUGAGUGCAUCAUUCCUGGGUGCCCUGUGUCUUUUCUCAUCGGUCUGUGUCAUAUGUGCCAUUUCUGCAUUUACUCUCCCCAUUGAGACCAAAGGACGGGCCCUGCAGGUAAGUGAUGCAGAAAUCUCUUAAGUUUUCUCAACUUCCAUCUUGUGACCAAAGGAAAUGCACUUGGAGUAUGGAAGUUCUUUGAAGCAGACAAGACAUCCGGGUGUGUGCUAACACAAUGCUACUUGUUCAACACGUUCCAGUAAAAAUACCUGGGUAUCCAGUUUUUUUGCAUGUAACUUUGAGCAGUACUGAAAUGAUUCACUCCAAAUCUUUGCUAAGCCCUUGAAAGAGGGUAUUUAUAGUGUGAUUUUUCUGAAUGAGGUCUCUAUUACACUAGAAUUAACAAAGCUACCGAUGGCAUUGUCAGGUACACAAGGGUAAAUGCUAGGGUCUGAAUUCCUUACAAGUUUAUUAAGAAGUCUAUUACUAGUCUCUAAUGCCAGACAGCUGAGGAUGAAUGGAGAAGGCUAUCUUCUGCUUAAAUGUACUGAUCUACUAAAUCACUUCU